GCCGCCGGCCCAUCCCAUCGCUAGUGCUCGCGGAGGCCGGAGCGGAGGAGGAGACGGACGCGGCGGCGGCGCCACCGGCGACGGCCUCUCCUUCGUCUCGUUCUCCGCUCUGCUUGACGGGAGGCGGCUCCUCCGCGCGUCCCCCUCUCCGCCGCGGUGACCGGCCGAGGGGUGCUCCGCCCUCCGCUUCUCCCAACCCCGGACGGGGCGCCGCCGAGCCAGUGCUCCCCGACGGCGGCGGCGGCGGCGAGGAACCCGUCCCCGACAGCCGAAACUCGGAUCCCAACUAGGAGGAGCUGCAGAAAGCCGGCGUCUCCUACCUCCAACGCUACUGAAUGAGAUGGGUGAUGAAAUGGCUCAACCAUCACAUGGUGAGCCAAAGACAUGUGCAACAGCCAACAGUGCAAGCAUUGAAAAAAAGGGAAGAUAUUUUUUCUUCUAACAUGAUCAAGAUGGUGACAGUGAAGAAGAAGAAAUCUUUGCCUGCUCUGGCUCACAAUACUUAUUUUCGUACUGAAGCUUGUUCAUUAUUGUUAAAUUGAGCAAUCAUUUCCUGACUCUCAUUCAGGCUUCGACUUGACUGCAAAAUAUGGAUCUUUCUCCUUUCAAGUUGGAUAUUGAUGAGCUACUAGCGGAUUAUACCGAGGCAAAUUGCACUGCAUUCGCUGAUUUCAAGAGAUUGUGGAUGGCAAAGAAAUUUUCUUAUAUCUAUGAAGGAAGACCUAAGACAAACUCUGGCGCUUUCAUGCAGUCGCUCUUUUUGCAUUGUAUUGGUCAUAUGACAUCUCAGAGUUGUAUGCCUCAAAGAUUGGCUGGACUUUACUGCCUUUACUGUCUUUACGAAUCGCAACCAUACAAGCCACAUUUCAAGAUCUAUUUGUCUCUUGAGGAGUUGAAGAAACUCAAGGAUUUUGUUGUUGAGGCUAAGCAAAAUGGAAUGGCUGUUGUACCGUCACUUGUCAAAAGAAUGCUGGACAAAGGAAUGAUUUUGUUUGGAUUCAUCAAUCUACUUGGUGACUCAGGGGUGAAGCAGGUCAAUGAGUUAACUGCAUCUCAGAAUAAGAGAGUGAAAUUCGCAUGUGACAAGUUGUUUAUGAAUACUCAGAUAGACAGUUAUAUGCACAUGGAUUUGGGUUCGGAGCUUGAACUUGAUAAGAUCAAGAAAUCAUCGUUGGAUUAUGCCAAAGCCAAGGAAUUGGCAUUUGCAGAGGCAAGCAAUAUUAUCGAUGUUGAAGAUGCUAGGCACAUUGUUCAGAAUGACAAACUGCUGGGCGACAGGGUAGAUGAAAUCGUCAAAGAAUGGGAUGCACAGAAGGAGGCCUUCUACGAGAAGACGGGAGUACGUCGCGAUGAACUAGCAGUAGUUGAACAUGACGAAUCAGGAGUACUCCCUCAUGAAAACGAUGAAUUCGAUGAGAUUAGACAGCUGCUGCUAGAGUGAAAGUAGUGUACAACAGCAUCCUCCUAAAAAAACAGAUGAAAUCAUUCAUUGGCUUACUGGAGUCUCUCAGUUUUUUUUUCCUUUUGUCACUCAUAUGCUCUUUUUGAGUGUUUUACUGCCCUGCUGUACGUUGCAAACAAAAACAACUUGUACAUAGUAGUGAUAUGUUGGAUGAAUGUUACUAUUACCAUAUUGCGUAGUUGUACAUUGCAAGAUUCAUUUAUAAGACAUGGAUUUCAUAAAAA